AUGGCUGAUCGAGUGCUUGUGCUUGGUAGUGGAGGCAGAGAACAUGCUCUGGCUUGGAAAUUAGCACAGUCGCCACAAGUGAAACAAGUACUAGUUGCACCAGGAAAUGCUGGAACAGCUAAUAGUGGGAAAAUCUCUAAUUCAGCUGUUUUAAUUAGCAAUCCUACUAUCCUUGCCCAGUUCUGUAAAGAUCAUAACAUUGGACUUGUGAUUGCUGGACCAGAAGCUCUACUUGCAGCUGGCAUUGUUGAUGACUUGGUAGCAGCUGGAGUUAGAUGUUUUGGGCCAACAGCCAAGGCAGCGCAAUUGGGAACAAACAGGAAUUUUGCUAGUACCUUUCUUGAUCAGCAUGGAAUUCCAGCACCAAGAUGGAGAUCAUUUACCAGUCCCCAAGAAGCUUGCGCUUUUAUUUCCAGUGCAGAUUUUCCUGCAUUGGUGGUAAGGCCCAGUGGUCUUGGUCCUCGAAAAAAGAUAAUUCUUGCAUCUAACAUAGAGGAAUCCUGCAAGGCAGUGCAAGAGAUUUUUCAGGACAACAUUUUUGGAAACAGCGGAGAAACAGUGAUAAUUGAAGAACUUCUUACAGGAGAAGAGUUUUCUUGCUUUUGUUUUGUGGAUGGAAUCACUUUUGCUACCAUGCCCCAAAUCCAGGUACAGAAACAACUGCUGGAUGGAGACCAGGAUCCAAGUACUAUAGGAAUGGGAGCUUAUGGUCCUGCAUCUCAGAUUUCUGAAGUUCUUCUAGAAAAAAUUAAAGACACCCUUAUUCAACACAUUUUUGACAGUAUGAAGCAAGAAGGUCUAUCAUAUGUAGGUGUGCUGCAAAUACAUUUAAUUCUUACCAAGGAUAGUGUGAAAGUCAUAAGCUUUAACUGUCAUUUUGGUGAUCCUCAGUGUCAGGUAGUUCUUCCACUUCUUAAAAGUGAUCUUUAUGAAAUAAUACAAGACACCAUUAAUGGAAAGCUCCAUGAUUCCACAUUGGUUUGGGCAGAUGAUUGUACUGCUGUAUCAGUUGUCAUGGCAAGUGAAGGCUAUCCAGAAUGUUAUAUGGAAGGCGGGGAGAUCACUGGGCUACUUCAAGCAAGAGAGCUAGUCCUGGAGGUCUUCCAUGGGGACACCACCGUAAAAGACGAUAAAGUGGUGAUUAAUGGAGGCAGAGUUCUUACUGUAACAGCUCUUAAGAAUGACCUCACGUCAGCACUGGAAGCUGCCUACAAAGGACUAUCAGCCAUUUAUUUCCAGGGUGCAGUUUACAGAAAAGAUGUUGGUUAUCAGGCCAUUCAGUUCCUCAGGGAGUCUGUGAGGCUAUCCUAUGAAGACAAAAUGGCAGAUUCUAUAGUGUGCAGUGCUUUCGUUCACCCAACUAAACUACUACCUACAAAUGGCUCCAAAUCAGGUUUCCCUAAAAAGAAUCACAUAAAUGCACAACAAGCAGCAGGAAAAUUACUUAUUAGUAGUGCCCCGCCAAACAGCUUUCAAUGUUACACUGUUUACAUUCAUCCUGAAAGCAGCCAUACAGGGGGUGUUCCUGGACUGUUUGAUUUAAGAGCAUCUGGGUAUAGUGAUCCUAUUUUGAUAUCACAAAUGAAAGGCAUUGGGACAAAAUUGAAGGUGGCCCAGUUGUGCAGUAAGCAUGACAAGGUUGGCCAGGACUUGGUUGCCAUGUGUGUCAAUGAUCUCCUGUGUCAGGGAGCUGAACCCCUCUUCUUCCUUGACUAUUGCAUCUGUGGGAAACUGGAUGAUGGAGUGGCUCAGACAAUCACAGAGGGGAUAGCUGAAGCUUGUAAACUGGCAGGAUGUGCUAUACUGGGAAGAGACACCAGUGAAAUGGCUGGUAUGUGUUCACCUGGAGAGUACAACCUUAUUGGCUUUGCAGUUGGUGCCGUGGAACGAGGAAUGAAGCUUCCUCAGCAGGAGAGAAUUGUUGAUGGAGAUGUUCUAGUGGGAAUAGCUUCUUCCGGUCUUCAUACUCAAGGAUUCAGCUUUGUGAAGAAAAUUAUUUUAACGUCUUCCCUGCACUAUUUCUCUCCAGUUUCUGGUGACUGUGGUGCCCAGACUUUAGGAGAACAGUUGCUAACCCCAUCCAAAAUCUAUACUAAAACCCUGUUGCCUGUACUUCGGUCAGGAAAUGUAAAAGCCUUCAUCCAUAUUGCUGAAGGAGGAUUACUGGGAAGAUUCUCCCAUAUCCUCCCUGAACAAUUUGAUGUAAUUCUGGAUGCUCGUAACUGGAAGAUUCCUGACGUCUUUUCUUGGCUGCAAGAAGAGGGAGGCCUUUCAGAAAUGGAGAUGGCUCAAAUGUUCAACUGUGGGAUUGGUGCUGUGCUGGUGGUACAGAAGGAGCUGGCCAAAAGGGUUUUGAAGGAUGUACAAAAAGGCGAAGAUGCAUGGUUGAUUGGGAAAGUCAUUCGCCACCGUGCAGGGUAUCCUCAGGUAGAAAUCAAGAAUCUUCUAGAAGUGUUGCUGCAAAAUAGAUCCCCAUUUCUUCAGACUGUUUCUGAUGGGAAUAGUCUUCUCCAGGUCACCUGCACAAAAAGAAAGGUGAAAGUAGCUGUUCUAAUCUCUGGAACAGGUACAAACCUUGCAGCACUUCUCACAUACUCAAAAGAGCCAGCAAGCUGUGCGCAAGUUGUACUGGUAAUUGCCAGCAGAUCCGGAGUGGAAGAACUGAAGACUGCAAGCCGAGCUGGUGUCCCUACCCGAGUAAUUGAUCACAAACUGUAUGGGAGCCGAUCAGAGUAUGAUGGCACAAUAGACACCGUUCUUGAACAGUUCUCCACUGAGUUGAUCUGUCUGGCAGGGUUUGUGAGAGUACUGAGUAGCAACUUUCUUAAAAAAUGGAAUGGGAAAAUUUUGAGCACAUAUCCAUCACUUUCACCAUUAAUCAAAGGCAGCCAUGCCCACCAACAGGAACCCCCAGCUGCAGACAAAGUUGCUGGCUGCACAGUGUAUUUUGUACUUGAAGACUCUAGUCUUGAAGCAGUAAUUGUACGAGAGCCUGCCUCCAUAAAAGCAGAGGACACCCAGGAGACUGUCUUAGAAAAGGUCAAAGAAGCAGAGGGCCGAGCAUUUCCCAUUGCUUUGCAGCUAGUUGCCAGUGGGAUGGUGAAACUAGGUGCUGAUAAGAAAACAUGCUGGAAACGAGAAAGUUGGCUGCUAAUCCAGCAGAAUGAAAAGCAAGGUUGUUCUUCCUCUCAGUGCAGUGAAUAAUAAAUGCAGUAAUAACAAUAGUCUAGUUCAGGGGUCUGCAACC